GAAACUAUCAGGCAGAAAAGCGCAUGCGCAAUCCGGCAGUGUGCUUGCUGCCGAUUUGGUGUUCUGGAGAGUGCUCGGGGUCGAGUCAGCUGCACUUUAUUUUUUUGGACUAGAAAAGCAGGGCUGAAUUUUCAGUGCUGCUUACUGAAUACAAUAUCGCUGGAUUAAACAAUUUAUUUAUAAAAUUUGCCGCACAGGGAGCAGUAAGCAUGUCUGGAAAUAAAGCCAAAAAAGUAAAAAUGGCCACCAAAUCGUGUCCAGAGUGUGAUCAACAGAUUCCUGUAGCGUGCAAAGGGUGUCCCUGUGGCUAUGUGUUCAUUAGCCGGAAACUUCUAAAUGCCAAAAAAGCAGAGAAAUCGUCAUCAAUAGAUAACAAAUCUGAUGCAAAGAGGAGAAGAACAGAAAGAAUACGCAGGGAAAAGAUUAACUCAACUGCAACCAAAGAUUUAGAAAACAGGAAACGCUCCAGGACUAACAGCCAUUCCGAGCACAUUCGCAGAGGCAGGGGGAGGCCUAAAAGUGUGUCAAGCAAGAAGCACGAGGAAGAAAAAGAAAAACAAGACAAAGAAAUCGACAUAUAUGCCAGUCUUUCAGAUGAGAAGGCUUUUGUCUUCUCUGUGGCUCUGGCAGAAAUAAACAGAAAAAUCCUCAAUCAAAGGCUGAUUUUACAACCACCAGACUGUUAAUGGAGUGAAAUGACCCAACUCGGGACCCUGCCCUGCAGAAACUCAUGAAUGACCUCGGUGGACCUUUAUGUAGAAUUGCGACCCAGAAGUACUGGAUCUGUACUGUGUGAAGGAGUUGCAGUGCCAGUUAAGCCAGCCUGGUGGUUUUCCAGGGACACUGGUGAUGAUGAGGACUUUGUAUGCACCUGGAUGCAUAGGACUUAUAUUUAAUAUUUCCGACCUGGUAAAUGUUGAUGGUAUACAAGUCAAAUAUUUACUUUUUAAUCCUAUUUUAAAAUAUGUUGUUGUACAUACAUUAUGCCAAAAUAUUAAGAGACCAUUGUUUUUGUUUUCUUUCUCAAAGUACAGAAAAUGCGCUCUUUUUAGAGACGUGGUGUUGUGCACUUGGAAAAAGAUUAGUAAUUCAAUUCCAUGUCUUGUAUGUGAAAAGGUUUAAUCAUUCAUAAAAAUAAAUGUCAUUUGAAACCUUGUUGCACCUUAGAUAAAUAUGGCAACAUGUGCCACUUUAUUUAAUUACAUAUAUAUUGGAUCUCCUUUGUAUUGUUUUAAAAUAUACUUCACUCUACCCAUUUAAUUACCUGCUGUGUACUGCAGUAAAUAAUUGAAUGUAAUAACGUGGCCGACUGUAUUCCUCCAAAGACAAUCGAGUAUGAUUUUUGGGCAUCCCUUUAUUUUCAAGGAUUCAAUUCCAUUAAAGGACAAUGCGCUUGGAUUCACAAAUUAAUUAACAGCAAAUUCAAUAAAAACUCUAGCAUGUUGUAUGGUGUAA